UAACCUGGUUUCUUUAUGGAGCAAUGGCACAACAGUUCCAUUCUUUCUGCAUUAUCAUACAGUUCAGGGGACCUACAGAAAUUGGAGGAAACUAGAUUUAUAAGAGAGCACUGUCCUACAAUCAAAUACAUUUACUAAAAAAGGGAAUUAAAUUCUAAUAAAGGAUUAGGUUAUAAUUGAUGCACCCUACCCGUGCAGGCAAGGUUACAUUAGCAGCCGCUAGCAGCGUGGGAUGGAUAUGAGCCAGGAAGCUGAGAGCAAGCCAUGGAAGUUUUGCAAUGUCACUGACAAUUUCACAGACAAGAACUUUCAUUUCAUUUUCGAGCAGUAACCGGUGGCAUCAAAACUGGAAAUGUAAGCAAAUGGCAUUGUGAAGCCCCUUGUUUCCUGCUGGGCCCAUGAUGCACAGCUGCACUCACACUCAGUGCUGGCAACACACGCUUUGAGGGGAUAGAGUCACAUCUCAAGGCCAACAACAAACAUAAGCAAGUUCUAUUCUGAUGCUGCAAGUCAAGAGCACUAUGGAAUGAAAACAAAAGAAAUCCUUCUGGCAGUUAUGGUUGAACAUAAUAGCCCUGCUAUCUGUACAAUGUAAUAGCUAGUCAGAUGGGUUGGCUGAUGCUGCAGUUUAAGAUGUUUUCAUUAUUUAAUUGCCUUGUGCUGUUUCAUUUGGUUACAAGAGGGGUCUCGUUUGCAAUUAAAGGCUGUGAAGUGCAUAGGCAGUACAAUCUGAAGGUUCUCUGCUACAACAGGGAUUUAACCAAGGUCCCAGCACAGCUUCCAGAGUUAAGCUUCAUGCUCGACCUUUCCCAUAACAUUAUCAAGACCAUAAACAGGACAGACUUCCAGAAUCUUACAGUCCUUCAAAAUCUAAACCUUUCAAACAAUCGCAUCCAAUAUAUGGAGAAUGGAGCCUUUGGGAAACUUGUUGCUCUGCAACUUCUCAACCUUACCAAAAACAGGAUUGGCUCUCUGUCCAGCCGCACGUUUGAAGGACUGCAAAACCUAAGCACACUGUUACUGGAUAACAACAAUAUUGUUACCUUAGAGCCCAAUACGUUUCUACAUUUGUACAACCUUAAAACUAUCAGUCUUUCCUACAACUGUUUUUACAAACUGAAGACUCUGAACCCUGCCUUUCAGAUCGGGACCCUCAGAGAGAUAAACAUAGCAAACUGUAGCAUACAAACAUUUUCCACUGAGGACAUAGUAAAUGUUUCUGCUUCUCUUCGGUCAGUCGAUGCCUCCAGAAAUCCAUUUUCAGUUAUCAGUUUCCCAAUGAGUAUCUUAGAGAACCUUACUAACCUAGACAUAUCUCUCACUCAGAGGCCCAUUUUAUGGUACGUUAAAGAACCUUGCUUUUUGAGGGGACUGAAGAAGCUAAAUAUUAAAGAGAAUAAUAUAAAACCACCGGCUAUAAUAGGUAUAAUUAAAAAUCUGUCAUGUAGCUCCCUUGAAGAACUUAACCUAAGUUACUUAAACCUAACGGACUCUGACCAACUAAUCCAAGAACUAUGCCUUAGACACCCGAAAGUUCAAACACUCAAACUUACUGGUAACCAGUACACAGAGUUCAGAGAAGAUACAUUUCAAAACUGUACUUCUGUAAAAGUGUUAGAUUUAUCUCACAACAGGCUGCAUUCUGCGCCUGGGUCUACUUUCCACCAUCUUGCCUCUAUCAGAGAGCUGUCUCUGGCCAAUAACUCACUUACUGCUAUACCUGAUAAUUUCUCCUUUAUAACCUCCUUGCAGAAGCUGAACCUCAGUUACAACCAUGUUAAGGAGGUGAAUCUAAACAACUCUUUCAGCAAUUUAAAGGAACUUGACUUAUCUGGAAACAAAAUGACGUUUUUUCUUUCCUCGGGACUAGGCAACUGGAACCUACAAGAUUUGAAUCUGAGAGAAAAUUACCUUUUGGAUAUCAGCGCUUCUUUUGCAUCCAGUCUGCCCACGCUGCAGAGACUCACCAUUAGCAAGAAUAAGCUAAGCUCUCUGUCAACCAAUACUUUUCAAAAUGUAACCUUCCUGAAACAUCUGAAUCUUGCAGACAAUCAGAUAGAGGUGAUAGAUCCUGGUGCCUUUUCUGGUCUUGACAAGCUGCGCACCUUGAUAAUUGGUAGCAACAAGAUAACAAGGAACACUCUCCACAAUAUGACUUUCCAAGGCUUGGGGUCACUCCUUGAGCUACAGCUUUUUGGCAACUAUCUUAAUUACGAUUCCUCAAAUUAUCUUGAUAUUGUGCCAUUCCUUCCAUUAAAAUCUUUAAAGAUGAUCACUCUAAACAGUCAAGGUCACAAUGGAAUGCAGAAUUUACCUAUCAACUUCUUUGAAGGUCUGCUGGCAUUGGAAAGGAUUCAUGCAGGCAAUUUAGCCCUGUCUAGCAUUGACUCAAGAACAUUUUCAUAUACUCCACAACUGAGAGAACUUGAUAUCAGCGAAAAUCCAAUCAAGAUUCUUGACCCAUUUUUGUUUAGAAAUGUACCACAUCUCACAGAGCUGCACAUCAGUAAAACUCGCAUGGAAUCGCUGGAUUUUCUCAUUCUAUCAAACUUGACUCACCUGAAGCUUCUCCGCGCAGUAGAUAGCCAGCUGAACUCAUUCACUUCACAACAGGGUGCGGCUUUACCAUCUCUGAGAUUCUUGGACCUGCGCAACAACCCACUGACCUGCAUCUGUGACAACCAGUGGUUUAUAGAUUGGGUUCACAAUGAUACCAAGACCCAAGUCCUUCAUUUUUAUGAGUACACGUGUGCUUACCCACCUGUCGCAAGGAACUCCAAACUGUCUACUUUCAACCUUUCUUCCUGUAGGUUAGACUAUUCCUUUAUUUUCUUUCUUACAUCAACCCUGUUCAUAACUACUUUUAUCAUUUCUGCAACUGUGUGGAAUUUUUGGAGAUGGCAUGUGAUUUAUGCUUACUACAUUACCCUGGCUUUCCUCUAUAACAGAAGGUGGCAAGGGAAGAAACAAAAAUGUAAGUAUGAUGCUUUCAUAUCAUACAACUUCCAUGAUGAGAAAUGGGUCUUCAGGCAACUUGUUCCUAAUCUAGAAGGGAGAUAUAACUGGAGGCUUUGUCUUCAUCACAGAGACUUUGAACCAGGAAAAGCUAUAGUUGAUAACAUAGUUGAUAGCAUCUAUAGCAGCAGGAAAACCAUCUGUAUUAUCAGCAGGCACUAUUUAGAGAGUGAAUGGUGUUCCAAAGAAAUCCAGUUGGCCAGUUUCCGCCUCUUUGAGGAACAUACAGAUGUUCUGAUUCUGUUGUUCCUGGAACAAAUUCCCGAUCACCACUUAUCCCCCUACCACCAGAUAAGGAAAGUUAUAAAAAAGAAGACAUACUUAAUAUGGCCACAGGAGAGAAAUGCUACCAGCAUCUUCUGGUAUAGGGUGAGUCAGGCAUUGCAGACUGAAGAAAGAGAAGAGGAUGAAAAAUGUCUGCUGUAGUCUCUAUGUCCUUAAAUUACUGCAAAAAAUGAAAUUUAAUAUAAGCUGUAUCUCAUGGAAAUAUGAAUCUUUAUAAAUAUACUUGAUUAAAAAUGUUGUAGUGUUUCUGAAAUAAUCAAGUUAUUGUUCAUUAUUUCCCUCUCAGCAUCAUUCUCUCUUAUUGCAGGAGUCGGAGGUCAGAUUUGACUGACAUCUUUUUGGGGGGCUCCCUUUCUUAGCAGGUGUAUUAGCACUAACUCAAAUAACUGACUCCGGCACAAACAAAAGUAAUGUAAAUAACUCUGGCACACUGCCUGCACACAGAGAAACAGGAUUUCCAUCAGAGCCAGUUAUUUUUAAAAGAGUGAGCUCCAAUACAUCUUUUAGAUAAAGGGAGCGCCCCCAAAGGCUGUAUUAGACCUGUCAAUCAAAAUCUGACUCCGACUCCUGCAUGAAGACAGAAUGUAAGAAAGGCAGAUGCUGAGAGGGGGAUAGUAAAGAGUAAUUGUCAUGAUACGGGCCUGAAAGAGUUAAUGAAGCAGGGCAAGGUAUCCAAAAAUCUUCCCUCAUGUACCAGUAACAGAUAUUUAACAGGCCUCUGCUUACUAGGAUCUAGAACCAUGCCAUGUGGGGGAGUGAAAGCCCAUGUAAGCGUGACUUAGGGGCGCAUUUAUUAUGCUGUGUUAAACGAAUUCGGCGAAAAAACAGAGUAAAAAGCUGUGUAAAAUAAAUGGAAAAGA